CCUCACGGCGACCCGGAAGUGGCCCCGGCCUCGGGCGGGAGGGUAGGGAGCUGAGGCGAGACUGAGGGCGCAGCCGUUGCCUGGACGAUGGCGGGGACGGCGCUCAAGAGGCUGAUGGCCGAGUACAAACAAUUAACGCUGAAUCCUCCAGAAGGAAUUGUGGCAGGCCCCAUGAAUGAAGAGAAUUUUUUUGAAUGGGAGGCAUUGAUCAUGGGCCCAGAAGACACCUGUUUUGAGUUUGGGGUGUUUCCUGCCAUCCUGAGUUUCCCGCUUGAUUACCCAUUAAGUCCCCCAAAGAUGAGAUUUACCUGCGAGAUGUUUCACCCCAACAUCUACCCAGAUGGCAGAGUCUGCAUCUCCAUCCUGCACGCUCCUGGUGACGACCCCAUGGGCUAUGAGAGCAGCGCCGAGCGCUGGAGCCCCGUGCAGAGCGUGGAGAAGAUCCUCCUGUCGGUGGUGAGCAUGCUGGCAGAGCCCAACGAUGAGAGCGGUGCCAACGUAGAUGCCUCCAAGAUGUGGCGGGACGACCGGGAGCAGUUCUACAAGGUCGCCAAGCAGAUUGUGCAGAAGUCGCUGGGGCUCUGAGCCUCCCGUGCCCGUGCACAGCCGCGUGCAGACGCACUGCCAGGCGGUUCGCGGGGUUUCCUCUGGGACACUCAGUGACAGGGACACUCUGUGCUGGUACCAAAAAAGGCGAGCUUGCAGAACCACAGCAUCUGUGUUUUUUGUACCUUCUCCACCCCAGGCAGGCUUCUCUCUGAAAUGCGGGCUUCCGUAGGAUGGCAGCCAGGCGCAGCUGGGGCUCCCUAUGAGGGACUCGGGGGCCGGGCGCGCCGUCACCACUGCCUCUCCCGCUGGCACACCUGUGCACCCCGCACUGCCUGGAGUGGGAGCGCUGAGGGGGCAUGCCAGCCCUGUGACUAGAGCCGCUGACUCUCCCCCUGAGGAUCUGGGGCCUUUUUGCCCAGGCGGAGGGCUACAGCCGGAUGUCUCCGGGGUCCCUCUUGGUCCCCUUGUCCCCAGCAAGGAGCACACGACUUUGUUUCAGUACCUUGUUUCGCAAGCAGGUUAUUUUUCUUGCAGUCUAGUCAUAUUUUUCAUUUGUUGUAUGUUACACAUAGUCACAUUUAGAAAUACUGUCAGGAAAGAAAUACUUUUUUAAAAUGUGGUUUAAUGGAAAGGGGGUGCAUGGAAAAGUCCCGUGCUGGCUGUAAGGCCCAGCAUCUUCCCUGCUGGUGUUCACUGCAGCUCACCCUUGAGUCUCGGGUACUAGUACGUUUCCUGGAGUGCGAGCAUGUGAAGCCAAGGCUGUAGUCUAGGCACCUUUUGGGUGUGCAGGAGGUUUUCUUUUCCAGUCUGAAGGCCAGGAGGUUCUGAGCGUGUGUACACAGUGGCUGUGGCAGCAACUAUGACUGUUGGGACAAAACCAUUCUUUGCAGCUUGGGAGGGGAAGGAAGGGAAGGGCUCCACUCAGCGCAGAGCACAGAGCGUGCCUUACCUGGACCUGAUCAGCGCCUUCGAGAAGCAUGGUGCGGGUCCCGGAUCCCUGUUGUGGGCGGGCGCUCAGCUGUGGUUCGUGAUUUCGAGAUGGUCUGCGUGCCCCGGCAUGGGCAGCUCAGCCCUGGGGUUACGUUUCAAGCAAUAACAGAUCUAUUGCGUCCAGAAUCACACAUCUGGCCUGUUGCAAACAGGUUCAAUUUAAAUAGGAGUUUUAUUUUUGAAAUAAGGGACAAUCUACAAGACGCACAGGACGCUCGACGUCGUGCUGUCCUUUGCGCUGGUCGACGUGCUGUGGGCAGGGCUGUGCUUCCUGCGAGCUCACUGAUGCUUGAUGUUCAGUAGUUCUGCCUAAGAGGCUUCUGUGGGAACCCGAGUCCUCCUCCUCAGAAAGGGGUCAUUUACAGGUUGAAGUUCAGUCUGAGGACUGGUCCUGGGAAAGGGGUGGGAAUGGAGGUGUCGCACCUGGUGGUGCUCACAGGCCUGCGUGGGGCUGCAGCGCCUUCGUGGAGAGGAGAAAGUGGCCGUGGGCUGGGUGUGAGGGGCGGGCACUGCGGGGCACGCUGGCCACAGGGCAGCGAGCCCAGAGACGGCGUAGAGGCGGUCCCUCUGCAGAAUGUCUUUAUUCAUUUGUAUUAAAUGAGACAAGAGAGUCCCGUAGUGUCCUUAUUCUGUGACAGAGUCUAAUUCCUACGGUAAAAAUAAAGUUCUAUUUUCCCCCUAU